AUGUAUUACGCCGGACUGCAAGCAAAAAUAAAAGAAGCCAAUCCCUUAGCAAAAUUUGUACCAUGCUCUGCUCAUUCCCUUAACCUGGUUGGAACUAAUGCAGUUGAUUGUUGUACUCAAGCCGUUUUAUUCUUCAAUUUACUUCAAAAUGUUUACACGUUUUUCACAGCUUCUACUCACCGCUGGAAAGUUCUAAACGCUUCGGUUAAGGGACUUUCAGAAACAAGAUGGUCUGCUAGAGAUAACGCUUGCCAAUCUCUGAACAAAAACUGGUCUUUAAUUAUUAAUGCAUUAAAUUUAAUAAAUAAUGAUGAUACUGAGAAAACACUUACUCGAAAUGAAGCUAGUGGAAUUCUCAACAAGUUAAAUAAUUUAGAAACUGCAUUCCUAUCUAUAUUCUGGGGUCAAAUAUUACACCGAUUCAACUUAACGAUUAUUACAAGCUGUCAAUAUCGAUUUGGGUGUAGUGUGUGA